UUCUUUAUGGUCGAACAUCCAUAUGUGACUACUGGAAAAACCAUAGCUUGACUAGAUGGACCUUUGUUGGCAAAGUAAUGUCUCUUCUUUUUAAUAUGCUGUCUAGAUUUGUGUCGGGAGCCGCCGGGGUGCACCCAAACCAUGACAAGGUCACGGGAUGAGAGAGGAACCUGCAAGGCAGCUCUUCCUCACAUGGGGCUGCCCCGGGAGCCCGAGGUUGUCCCGGGGACAAGGUCAUGGGACGAGAAAGGAAUCUGCAAGGCAGCUCUUCCCCUCAAGGUUGUCCCGGGGGCCCGGUCAGUACUUACUUCGGAAGACAGAUGGGGCCAGAUCAAGAGUCUCUGUCAUCCGGCUGUGGACGUGGUAAAAUCUCAAAAGAUUCCAGUUACUCCUGAAAACCACUUCCUUGCCAACUUGGCUGUACGUUCGUGUCAGGUAAUAUUAGUCUCUUCUCAUGGUGCUUAUUGGGCUUAUUUUCCAGAUCCACCAGUUUUACAGGUUGUUACUUGGGAUGAAACGCCAAUAAGGGUAACGUCUGAUAAACCUAAAGUGCUUGGAGGAUCCUAUUCUCCUUAUCGUACAGGGAAAUAUCCAAUUAAUUUUAAUUUUACAUAUUAUGGGCUAACAACAACCCACCAAUUUGCUUUAAUUUUCCACACAAUGAGACUAAAAAAAAUGAUGAUUACACAGUCUAAAGUCGGCUGUGUGGGAGCCUCUAAAAAAGCAAUUGUAACUGACUCACCAGCAAAUGGCCAAACGACCAGAUAUGUUUGGUCGAUGUUCUUGAGAUUGCCGGGAAUCUUGGAUCCUUGCAUUCAAGCUAAAGACAAGGCUCCACCACCUUAUUCUAAGUGUUCAGGACCUCCAUCUAAAUCAUUUAAUGAAUCUGAUAAAGUGUGGAAUACAAUUAAUUAUGAUAUAGGAUACCCACCAUGGAAAUUGUGUACUUAUGACUCUCACAUUGACUAUAAAAUUGCUGGAGGUGGAAAUGUUGCAAUAAAUGAUUAGAGUAAUCCAAAUCCUGAAUAUGAUCCUAAAACUAUUAAAAAUUACACUAACAGAUUUAUAAAUUGGAAAAAUGCAACGGUGCCCUGGCCAGUGACUGCCUCUAGAUGGCACCACAAUGCCGUAGUCCCUCCAAUGCUAGCAUAGCGGAGGGACGGGCACGGCUUACGGAGAGCUGUGGCAGCAACCAGCUCUACACUUUCAACUCGACCCAGUGGAACUAUAUUAUACUAUAUUCAGGCUUGGUUACCAUCACCUUAUGCUUUCAUGUAUACUAAUGGCUCCAACAAACUGCAGAUAUAUCCUAAUUACACUGGAGGACCUACAAUAGUUACUUGUGAUCAAUGCAUAUUAUCUACCUCUGUAACUUCUUCUUUUAAUAUUCAAGCCUUUGUUAUUCUUAAAAGACCUCCUAAUCUUAUGAUACCAGUCAAUAGUACGGGUAUCUGGUAUGAUAAUUAUGAAUUGCUAGUUCUGCAGCAAGUUAAAGAAUUGCUUAGACCUCGUAGGCUGAUAGGACUGUUAAUUUUAGGGAUUUCUGCGUUGAUAGCCUCUAUAGCUUCAGUUACUGUUGCCGCAGUUUCACUUUUGCAGCAAGCGCAUACCGCUUGGCAUGUUAAUGAUCUAUCUAAGAAUGUUUCACUUACUCUUGCUACUCAAGAAACUAUUGAUAGAAAAUUAGAAGCUAAAGUAGAUGCUUUAGAAGAGGCUGUAUUACAUAUAGGAACUGAGCUUCAGGCUUUACGUGUCCGUUUGUCUCCUAAAUGUCAUGCAGAAUAUAGAUGGAUUUGUGUGACUCCUUUAAAGGUUAAUUAUUCUUCAUAUUCUUGGGACCAAGUUCGCAAUCACAUUGUUGGGAUUUGGAAUAGUUCUGAUACUAGUAUAGAUUUAACCAAGCUCCAUCAGGAAAUCAAAGACAUAGGUCAAUCUCACCUUGACUUUUCCACUGCUCAAACUGCCAAUGCCUUUUUUACUAGCCUUUCAAAUUUCAUCUCUCACAACAAUCUGCUGUCGUCUGUCUUGGGAAUUGUGGCAUCUAUUUUUAUAGUUGUAAUUUUAUUUCUUCUACUUCCCUGCACUGUUAGGAUCCUGAUCAAGAGCAUCAAAGAGGUCUCUCUGGAACUCCAUUCUGCUCUUCUGAAAACUAAAAAAGGGAGAGAUGUUGGGAGCCGCCGGGGUGCGCCCAAACCGUGACAAGGUAACGGGACGAGAAAGGAACCUGCAAGGCAGCCCUUCCUCACACGGGGCUGCCCCGGGGGCCCAAUAUGUCCCCUCGGGAGCCGCCUGGACGAGAAAUGAAUCUGCAAGGCAGCUCUUCCCCUUGAGGUUGUCCUGGGGGCCGGUAUGUCCCUUUCUUCCUUCUGUCUUACUGUUUUUGGGCUUUCUAUUAA